CUAAAGGUGUGCGACGCAUGAUAAGGCUCAGCAAGUGUUGAUCAUCAUAAGUGAGAAGGUGAGGUGGCAUACGCAUGGUUUUUAGGGCUAAGCCAAAUCAGAUAUGGUGACCCAAGACCAACGCAUUCAAUUGGGGAAAACCACCUAAAGGCACAUACACACGAUGCUCUGAUACUAUGGCAAAGACUUGGAUGAUCUUAGGGACUUUGAUCUUCCUAUCAAUCUGUAUCUCGAGUACACAUGGAAUCUUCGGACUUGAGAAUCUCUUCAAAGGUGGUCACCGUUCCAGGGGCUACAACAACUGCGGAUGCCCUUGUCGAACUUAUUGGGUGAAGAAAUGCACCUUCAAAUUGGAGACAAAAUGCACCCAGAAAUAUUAUAAAAAGGAAUGCAAAAAAGUACCGGCAAUAAAGUCUGUAAAAGUCAAGGCCACCGAUUGUCAGCGAUGUGUCAGAUUCCAGGAAACGGUCAUCGACUUCAGUGUGGCCAAAGAAUGCGUUCCAGUUUAUGAUGAAAAAUGCAAGACUGUCUACCCGCAAGUUUGCCACACGGAGGAAAAAUGUUCCAUGAUCUAUCGAACAGAGUGCUACAAACAUCACUACGAGCAAAAGUGUCAUCAGGUUCCGGGAAAAAAAUGCUACAAUGUUAAAAAGUGUCAUAGAGAACCUCAAACACAAUGCAACAACGUGCAAAGAAACCGUUGUCGUAAGGUCCCACAACCAAUCUUCAAGAAAGAACCGAGUCACAAGUGCGACGAUUUUGGCCCCAAACAGAAAGAUGCUAAUUGCAAUGGCAUUCCAAAUCAGAAGGAUUUGGUCCCGACGGAACAGUUCCGCGUGAAGAUCUCACCCUUCAAUGCCGUUAAACUGGCGUUGAGUGGAAUCAAUGAAGAGCAAGGUCGCAAGGCUGUGAUUGAAACGCUUGGCAUUGACCCCGAAUUGGCGGCCUUGGCGCAAGGUGGCAAUCCGGCAAGCAAUCCAGCUGCUCUUGCCGCUUUAGCUGGCAAUGGCAACCUUGCUUCACUCUUAGGGGGAAGUGGGGGAAGUGGGGGAAGUGGGGGAAACUCUGCAGCAUUGGCGGCCGCCCUCGGGAACUCGGGAGGAGACACAUCCAAUUUAGCCAACAACCCAGCCGUUUUGGCAGCCUUGGCUGGUGGAGGGAACUCAGGAGGCCUAAGCAGCCUUUCUAAUAACCCUGGAGCUCUGGCUGCUCUGGCCAACGCUCAAGGAGGGUCAUCGUCAGGAAAUAAUCAAGCAGCCUUGGCUGCUUUGGCAGCUGCUCAAGGAAACAACAACAACAAUAAUAAUAAUAACGGCUACGGUGCUCCUCGCCCCUCGUAUGGUGGGGGAACGAACAACAACAACAAUAAUAAUAAUCAAGCAAAUCUUGCUGCAGCCUUAUCUGGACAGCAAGGUGGAACCAACAAUUUGGCAGCCUUGGCUGGGCAACAAGGUUUGAGCCAAGCUCAAAUUGCGGCUCUUACAGGACAACAGGGAGGCAAUAAUAACAACUUGGCCGCCUUAGCGGGUCAGCAAGGCCUAAGUCAAGCUCAAAUAGCGGCUCUGACAAGCGGCCAACAAGGUGACAAUAACAAUCUGGCUGCUCUGGCAGGACAGCAAGGAAUCAGUCAGAGCCAACUUGCAGCUUUGGCGGGACAACAAAGUCAAGGGGUAGGUGGUCUCAAUCAAAACCAACUGGCAGCCCUGACCGGACAAAAUGGGCUGAACCAAAAUCAGCUCUCAGCCUUGGCUGGCAACCAGAAUCAAGGGCGAAAUCCUGUGACGGGCUAUUCUCCGCCAAAUUCAAAUGCAAAUAAUUUCAACCUCAACAACCUGCGAGCAGUGGCUCCAGCAAAUAAUUAUGGUGCAGCUGUAGCGCCGUCCAAUGGAUAUGGUGUUGGUGGUGCAAAUCUACCAAAUGGAUUGCAAGGUAUCCCGGGUUUAUCAGGUGGACAACUGCCAUCCAAUCUUGCCGGUAUUCCAGGCCUCUCUAAUGGCCAGCUCCCGAACAACCUGGCGGGUAUCCCAGGUCUCUCAAGUGGAAACCUCCCAAACAACCUGCAAGGGUUCGAUCUGAAUAGUCUUGCUGCACAGGGAGGAGUCCCCAAUAACCUGGCUUCCCAAUUGGGGGGUCAAAAUAAUCUAGCGAACUAUGGCAAUAACCAAGGGGCUCCUGCUCCUGCAUUCCAAGCUACCUCAACCUAUGGCGUCAGUGCAGCCAAUGCCCCAUCGCCUGCACCUUCUCCCUCAUCCCCUCCAAAUUCUUCAAACACUGGAGAUGGCACUAUUGCCUCCAGAUUUCCGGGUGGAGUUGUCCCUCCGGCCUUGGCCGCUCAAAUUCCAGGUUUGCCCGCUGGAACUCUUCCCAAUGUACCUACCUUACCCCCCGGGGGUCUGCCUCCCGAAGUGGCUGCCCUUUUACCCCCAGGAUUUGAAUUACCAGGCCAAAGUCAAAGGUUGGAACAAGUUCCUGCCGCACCGGCCAAUCCAACCCCAACUACAAUUGUAGCUCAAGCCUUGGGCCUCACCAAUGAACGACAGCAUAAACUUCGUAUACUCCAAAUCAAACAAAGGAGACAAAUCAGAAGACUCCAAGAUCAAAUUAAACGUUUAACUGAGAUUCCGACAGACAAAGCAGUGGACGAGAAAGACCAAGCAUCAGAAUUUGAAAGGGACCGCGAGAUCGUCACCAUAUCCAGAAGAGAAAGAAUGCUCAGACGUCAUAUGAUCCGGCUGCAAAAACAAGUGUUAAGGUUGCAACAAGAGGUCCGAUUAAAUAAUGAGGGGUCGGAGGAGCGAGAAACGCUUCGAAGUCAACCGACUCCACCAGGUGGGGGAUCUGUGAACACAUCUACAAAUAGGAGAGGCAACAAUUUUGGCGAACGAAUGGCCACCACGCCUGUCUACUCUGUGACUGCUACAACUGUAGUUGAAAAAGUCAACACUAUUCUGACUACAACUACUACCACUACCACUACCACUACCACUACCACUACCACUACCACUACCACUACCACUACCACCACCACCACUACCACCACUACCACCACCACCACCAUCACUACCGCCACCACCACCACAACCACAACUACAAGCACAACUACAACCACAACUACAAGCACAACUACAACCACAACUACAACCACAGCUACAACCACAACUACAACCACAACUACAACCACAGCUACAACCACAACUACAACGACAAAAACUACCACCACGACUACAACAAGUGUUACAACUACGUCACUAAGACCCGUAUUUACGGAAAGUCAAAGAUUGACGACAGAUACUACAACGGAAAUUCCGUUUUGGCGGUUGUCUCGAAAGCAUCAUCCUGGGAAGGGAAUGAAAUACAUCUUCAAGGACCUGACCACUCUUUAUCGAGAUAAAACAGAUUCGAUCACCACAACUAAACCACAAAUAAUCAUUGCAAAAAUCUUAGAAACAACAGUAACAACAACAAUAACUACUACGGCGACGACAGCAGCUUCCAAAACCAUUACCACAACCAUUAGAACUACUAGCAAAAAAACUACUAUAUCUCCUGUUACUAGUCCAAAGAAUGCCACUCCAGAAAUGGAGAGCCCAGAAGAAGUGGAGCUUUUUAAACCAUUUGCUUCGAAUGGAAGACCCCCGAAACGGUUACGACGUCGACGGAAAAAGAAUCUGAUUCCGUUCCUUCGAAUCAAAGAAAAAAAUGAAUCCUCCUCCAACCAAGACGAUGGACCGGAGGAGAGGAAACCUGUGAUACGCUCUGAAUGGAGUAAAAGGACUCGCAUAGUGAGAGGGCACAGACACGCCCCAAUAAAAACUCUUCGGCGAAAAGUCCAAGCCCGUUCCGAAGAGGAACCAUCCAGAUGGAAGAGCGAUUCCACUGUGCAAAACCUUUGGAUCACAGUGCAUAAAGUGCCUCGAGAAUUCGAAAGUCUGAGGCUCACUCCCAUCGAAGAUUGAAAGACCCUGUAAUCUAAGGUCAAUACGUUCAAUAGUCUCUUGUGCAAUAGUCUCGUGUCGACAAUAACAAAGGUUGCCAUUUUUCUCUAC